GCGGGGCGGACAGGUCGCCGCGGAGUGACAGGACCGGGCGGCGGGGGACAGCGGUCACGGCUCCCCGCUACUUUUAGACAAGGACUGAGUGGAGAUGAUGAAACAAUUGGAAAACGACGGCUUGUUUAGAAGAAACACUUGCUUCUGAACUUGUGCUUCUACAUUAUGUCGCCAAUUCAGCAUAGUUCAUGGAAAAGAUGCAAGAUAAACAUUUUGGGGUGAUAACGUCUGAUUUUAACAAACACAGUAACCAAACAGAGUCAUCUGUCGUGUCCGAUAGCUGCACUCAGGCUUAUAGUAACCUGAUUUCUUGAUGAUUUGUUGGCGCACUGCACUGGCAUGGCUCAUUCCUUUGACUCAGCAAGAAGGGAGAUGACUAAUACUAUCCACCCCAGCAAUCAGACUGGUGGUGCAAACACAGCAACAAAGUACCUGCUGAAGAAGCAGCACAAGCAAAUGAAUGGACAGCCGAGAUCAACCCGAUCUUCCUCACCCAUGGGCAGAGUAAUUCUUAUCACCGGUAAUUCUCCAAUUGAAGCUGGUAUUGAAGAAAGUGAUUCAGCUGAAGCUAUCCACACCAUCACAGUAGAGAAGAGCCCUGAUGGCAAGCUGGGAUUCAGUGUUCGUGGGGGUUGUGAACACGGACUGGGAAUAUUUGUUAGCAAAGUAGAAGAAGGAAGUGCUGCUGAAAAAAGUGGCUUGUGCCUAGGUGAUAAAAUCAUGGAAGUAAAUGGAGUCAAUUUGGAAAAUAUCACCAUGGGAAGUGCUGUCACUGUGCUAACUGGAAGCCAUCGGUUACGUUUGGUAGUGAGGCGACUGGGCAAGGUACCAGGGAUCAAGUUUUCUAAAGAACUGACAACAUGGGUUGACACAGCAACAAAAAGAAUAAUAGCGGAAAAAAAACAUAAUUCUGGAGAUAGUGGAUCCGAGGAUGGAAUUAGAAGGAUUGUCCAUCUUUACACCAGUUCAGACGAUGUCUGUCUGGGCUUCAAUAUCAGAGGCGGGAAGGAAUUUGGUUUGGGAAUAUAUGUGUCCAGAGUUGAUUCUGGAGGCCUGGGAGAACAGAAUGGGAUUAAAGUUGGAGACCAGAUCCUGGCAGCCAAUGGAAUAAGCUUCGAGAACAUCAGCCAUAGUAAAGCAGUAGAAAUCCUGAAAUGCCAUACGCACAUUAUGCUGACUAUAAAGGAGGUGGGCAAGUAUCCUGCAUACAAGGAAAUGGUAGCAGAAUACACCUGGCUGAACAAAUUGACAAAUAAUCAUCAGCUCUUUGCCUCAGACACAAACUCUUCCAUCUCAUCUUAUUCACCUUUGAGCUCAACGAGUGGCUCUUCGCAGGGCUUCCUCCCAACCACCCACUAUUCAUCUGACAUGGUAGAUGUAUGUAUCUCCACAGAGGAUUCAAAAUCCCUUCGGAACAACCAUCUGGAGACAACAGAGACUGCUAUACAAACCGACCUCCAGCUGUCUCCUUCCUCGAACAUUGACCUUUCAAGUGAACAGAGGACAGGAAAGGCAAUGAAUGAGAGAAGUAGGUCCCUUGGGCGCACAAUGCUUUUGAAGGAGACAGCAAUUAGGUCAGAAAGUUUCAUGGAAACUCGCACUAAGCCAAGAACUUACUCCACUGGGGACUCUUCCGAUGAGGUUUUGGAUUCUCCCAAAACUGCUGUGUUGAUGGCACUAAGUAAACCAAGGAGGCCAAUCAGAAGAUCACAAAGCUACAUCACUAUCGGAGAGGAUAAGAAGAAAAAGAAAAAGAAACACAAGUCUUCCGGGGAAGGAGCCAAGUUGGAGCGUUCCAAAACGUUUAUGAAUUUAUUUUUUAAAAGCGGUCGAUCUGGAGUCGAGGCACAGCCAAAAGAGAAGAAAGAAAAAUCUAAUGGAACUGAAGGGAAAAUCCGAUCCAAAUCCCCUUCUCGCACAGAAGCAGAUAGAGAUAAAGAAAGGGGUCACCGCUUUCAUAUCUUUGGCUCCCAGAAAGAGUUAAGUGGUCUCUCCGCAUCAGAAAUGUGCACCCAUGCACUGUCCAUGAUUGAAGACAUUUCUAGGAAACUCCUGAAUGAAGAUGAGGUCGAUGCAAUCAUGCGCCACUGUAGAAGGUUUGUUUCAGAUGGUGGAGUGGAAGAUCUGGUGCGACCACUGCUUAACAUACUAGAUAAACCAGAGAAACUACUUGUAUUGCGAGAGAUCAGGGCCAUUAUUGAGCCUACUGACUUGGGAAGGUUUGAUAGUAUGGUGAUGCCCUCUGAACUGGAAGCAUAUGAUAUUCUAAAGAACAGAGCAGUGAGAUCUCCUGCACUUAGGCGGGCCGAUAAUGGAAUUGCCCCGAAGAGACACCUGAUCACAUCAAUUCCAGACUACAGGGGCGGAUUCCAUCUGAAACCAUCCCAGGACUAUGAGAAGGAAAGAACAAUGAUGGAGGAGUUUGAGAAACUGAAGAUCUCAAUGUCGUUGGACAAAGAAAGUCAUCCCAAAUCAUUCACAACUUUGGAAGAUGUGCCAGUGGAUGUAUACACAACAGACAAUACCUCUUUGAAAUCUGCUUCAGCUAGUCCGGUGAGGUCAAACUGGUUAUUGGCAGAAUCCAUUCGGACUCCAGAGCUGCCAACUACUACAAGGCAGGACAAUGGUACAGUAGCCGCCAAGUUGCACUCUGUUGAAAAGGUUGAUGCACAAUCCGCAAAAACUGGAACCACCAAAUCAACCCAUUCCAAAACUAAAUCAGAAAAAGCAGAGAAAACCAAAGAGGUACCGUUGUACUCAAUAGUGAACAAACCUAGAAAAUCACGACCAUUAUUAACCCAGAUCUUUGGGGUAACCUCGCCUGUGGCACAGAGUAGCAAAGGAAAUCCAAUCGAGACUAACACAACCGCACAUGAUCACAAUGAUCUUCAGGAAGAACCGAUAUAUGCAGAGAUUGAUGAGUUCUGGGAAAAUGGGCCCACGGGAGGGAAAGGCACCAGUGAAGGGAUGAAAAAGAAAUGGACAGGAAGUGCACAAAAUCCCAGACCAGAAUAUGAACUGAGGACUGUGGAAAUCGCCAAGAUGAAACAGUCACUGGGAAUCAGCAUUUCGGGUGGUAUUGAAUCAAAAAUACAACCUACAGUGAAAAUAGAGAAGAUUUACCCUGGAGGGGCUGCCUCAGUCAGUGGAGCUCUUAAGGCUGGUUACGAGUUGGUGUCAGUUGAUGGGGCAAGCCUACAAAGCGUCACACACAGACAGGCAGUGGACAUAAUCCGCCGAUCUUAUAGCAACAAAUCCAAGGACCCAAUGGUGCUGGUGAUUAAGUUACCAAAGAGCAGCUGAAAAUCAAAGCUUAAAGACAUUGCAGAUCUUCAUGACUGAACUCCCGGUGGUCAUAGACUAUUUGUUUCAAUGAAUGAUCUGUGUCUUUCUCCAGUUUUAAUCUAUUUGAAAUUUCCGAUCUCUUGUCGUCGGCACACCCCACUCCACUUUGUUUCACUCGCUCCCUAUUUGCAUCAGCAAAAACUACGCAAAUUUUAGAAAUCAUUUUACAAAGCAUUUCACACAGUUAGAUGAACGCUGUUAUUUUCCUCAUUAUUUCCUUUCGAGUAAACGGCUCAUUUACUUGUUAUGCAUACAAAUUUACCAAAAAUAAUCUUUCGCAAAGCAAACUGUUUUCAAACAGAUGGUCCAUUAAUCAUUUCAUGGAAAACAUGUCCACAGUAAUUUUUCAUGUCAAAAUACAAGAAUAUGAAUAAGGCUGAGCCUCUUUACAGUGUUAAGCGAUAACAUCCAGCAGAAUGCACCAUAAGCCAAUUCAAUUGUGGUUAUCGCAGACUAUGUUCAGCAUAUGGUUUCUGUGGACCAUUGAGCCAGCACUUGGGAUAUCUUUGCACGAAAGAACACCUGCAGGCAGCCACUUUCUUUGUGUGUACAGAGGUUUACGUGGCUCCAGGAAGGUGAGGCUGUGACUUGCGAGGUUCCAGUUGCUGCCCAUUUAGAUUGAAGCAGGAAUGUAUGAAUGAAAAACGUAAGUCACUCUAGCUUACAAAUGGUUUCUAAGAGUUGUAUAAAACAAAAACACUUUGUGCACAGAAAAGUAUAACUUUUUUUUAAAACAAAGGGGUUUACAGUGCAAUAAUACUUUCAUUUGCUAUAGCCCCUUAUCACGUCUUCAAGAUGCCUCGAAAUGCAUUAUAGAAUAUACUGUAAAGUGAAUUGACUGUAUAUUUCGUGGGCGAGACACGGCAGCCAAUUGCACACAGCAGUGUCCCACAAACAGUCGUGGAUGAACAACGAACUCAACAACAAAUGGCAUUUAGAGAGCACCUUUCACAUCGGGAUGAAAAAUCACACUCCCAGAAAGUUUUAAGGAGUCUUGCUUUCCACGGAUGUGAAUCAGUUAUUGGCCUGGAUUCCACCCUCCCUCUCCCCCCUCCCACUACUGCCCGCCCACACCUGGCUGGUCCUACGUUUUGUGAAUGACGACAAUGGGCUCAGCAGUUUGCCACCAGCAACGUCAGCAGCAAUUAUUGUUAGUGCCCCGUUGGGAUAAGUGUAACAUCAACAAUAGCAAAUUCACUUGGAUCUGUUUAUAACCAGAUAUUUUCAUAUGUUCUGCCACUUGGCACGUCAAAAGCAAACUGUCUACACCUGUUAACACUACUUCUCACAUUGCCGUCGCGAUACCUUAACAGUGUUCAGUGAAAGUGCCUUACCUUCAUGUAUCACAUCCUUUUGCUUCUCAAAACCUUUUGUAAAGGUACCAUUCUGUGUAACUCUCCUCCGCAGUCACUCUCUGAAAUAAAAGUUGGCAUUAACGGCCUGUAGAUUUGACUAGCUGUCAAGUGUUUUCCAGGUAUCGUAACACAUCUAAAACGUC